UCAGCGACACUGCCCUGAGCUUCCUCUGCAAAUCGCCCAGCCUGGUCCCCCUUGGACUCAAGCCCACUAGGUCACCAGGAGACAUGGCCGCUGAAGCCACGGAUGCUGCCGCCUCAAGCACAGCCUGGCUUCCUCAUGAGUCCCAGACACGGGCAAGGCUUGAGCUCUCUUAGAAGAGGUGCCAGGACCUUUAAAGGGUACCUUUCAUCUUCCUCGUUGUAUCCCUCCCACCUCUCAGACGCAAAGCCAAGAGGAAGCACCCAGCGGGCAUGGGCCAGAGGGUCACAAGAGAUCAACAGGAGCCCUUCCCACACCUGCUGGCAGCUGGGCCAGCACCCUCUGGGUCCCCUUCCUUUGGCAAGUGCUAAUCAUCUUUUCAGUCCCCAGUGGGGGCCUUGGUGGGGUGGCCUGCCCCCACUGAGCUCCAAGAGGUGACUUCCUACAGAUCUCAGAAAGUCACUAGGCCCCCAGAUGCUUCCAGGACAGGCUUGAGCCAUGACCCCACGUGCUCAGAAGCCCCGCCUUCGUGGCUCAGGCCCCUGAUGUAGCUGCCUUUCUACCUGUGCCACUGACUCUUGGCUCCAAGGACACAGCAGCCCCCACCGGCUCCCUUCAGCAUUGCUGUCGGCAGCAGCCCGAGAUGGGUGACACCUGGACCCAGCUUCCCUGGCCUGGGCCCACUCACCCAGCCAUGCUGCUGAUCUCCCUGCUCCUAGCAGCCAGGCUGACGCACUCGGACGCUGGCACCAGCUGCCCAGUCCUUUGCACCUGUCGAAACCAGGUGGUAGAUUGUAGCGGCCAGCGGCUCUUCUCUGUGCCCCCAGACCUGCCAAUGGACACUCACAACCUUAGCCUGGCCCACAACCGCAUCACCACCGUGCCCCCCGGCUACCUCACGUGCUACAUGGAGCUCCGAGUGCUGGAUUUGCGCAACAAUUCCUUGACCGAGCUGCCUCCCGGCCUCUUCCUCCACGCCAAGCGCUUGGCGCACCUGGAUUUGAGCUACAACAACCUCAGCCACGUGCCGGCAGACAUGUUCCAGGAGGCCCAUGCGCUCGUGCACAUUGACCUAAGCCACAACCCAUGGCUGCGGAGGGUGCACCCCCAGGCCUUCCAGGGGCUCCUGCAGCUCCGAGACCUGGACCUCAGCUACGGGGGGCUCGCCUUCCUCAGCCUUGAGGCCCUGGAGGGGCUGCCCGGGCUGGUGACCCUGCAGAUAGGCGGUAACCCCUGGGUAUGUGGUUGCACCAUGGAGCCCCUGCUGAAGUGGCUGCGGAACCGGAUCCAGCGCUGCACAGCGGAUUCUCAGCUGGCCGAAUGUCGGGGUCCCCCCGAAGUAGAGGGUGCUCCCCUCUUCUCACUCACUGAGGAGAGCUUCAAGGCCUGCCACCUGACCCUGACCUUGGAUGAUUACCUGUUCAUUGCAUUCGUGGGCUUUGUGGUUUCCAUCGCAUCUGUGGCAACCAACUUCCUCCUGGGCAUUACAGCCAACUGCUGCCACCGUUGGAGCAAGGCCAAUGAAGAGGAAGAGAUUUGACAUUGGCACCUCUCAUCCCUGCAAGCUGCCAGCUGCCACUACCGCUGACCACCAGACACUCUCCCUGGCUGCCCACUCUGGUUCCAUGAUGCCCCCAGCCACCUCAGUCAGGAUUGAAGGUCAGGAAACGCACUUUGUAUAAGCAUCUACUUUGAACUCUACAGUGUGGUAGGAACUGGGAACGUAGGGUGAAUGGACCCAGUCCUUGCUUUCAGCCACUUCCUGCUAGUAGAAGAGAGAGAUUGAAAAAACUAUUCCCUUUAACAGAACAUGUCAGUACACCAGACACAUAGUUACGGAAGCUCACAAGCAGGGCCAGUAACUGUGCACACAAAGUCUACAAGAAUUCUAAGAGUGACAUGAUUUGUCAGCUGAGUCAUCCAAAAACAAAAGUCUACUUUAAUAUGUGAACAAGAAGAGUAGACAGAAGCAAAUGACAGGGGCCAAAGCACGCGAGGUGUGGAGAGAACAGUGAACUUGUGUCUUGGGUGUCCAGAGGGGGUAUGACACAGAUCUGAAACCUCCCCUCUGACAUAAUGUCAGCCUAAGCACCACCAGCCACUGGCUCUAGAGAAAAACGUCUGCAU